CUCUGGCGGUGGCUCGAUGUUCAAAUCUUAUACAGGAAGAAACACAUGAUAAACAAUAGACAUGGAUUGCUUGAAUGUAACGAGGGUUUUACCAAAUUCCCCAAAGAAGACACGAGGACAGAUUCAGGUUAUUUUCGGACCGAUGUUUUCAGGAAAAAGCACUGAACUGAUGCGGCGUGUGCGGAGGUUUCAGGUGGCUCAGUAUUCCUGUCUGCUCAUCAAAUACGCCAAAGACACACGCUACUCUCAGACGGGGAUGGCCACGCAUGACAUGAGUAUGAUGGAGGCUGUUCCUGCCAGCUGUCUGAGGGACGUCUGGAGUCUGGCGCUGCAGGCCUGUGUCAUCGGCAUCGACGAGGGACAGUUUUUUCCAGACACCAUAGAGUUCUGUGAGGAAAUGGCCAACAUGGGAAAAACCAUCGUAGUAGCAGCUCUGGAUGGAACCUUCCAGAGAAAGCCGUUCGGUAAUAUCCUGAAUCUGGUUCCUCUAGCGGAGAGCGUGGUCAAACUGAACGCCGUCUGCAUGCAGUGCUUCAAAGAAGCCGCUUACACCAAAAGACUCGGAGCUGAACAAGAGGUGGAGGUGAUCGGCGGAGCUGAUAAAUAUCACGCUGUGUGUCGAGCGUGUUAUGGAGGGCUCAUGGCGUGUAAAGAGAACCACGAUCCACACAGAGAGGAGACGCCGACACACGUCAUGUCAGGAAAACAGCCCAAUCAAAGCGCUCCACGAAAACUCUUCGCUUCCCUACAUUUAUGAAAAUAACACAUCAGCCGAAAAUGUUUCCUGCCUUAGUAUUUUUGUCUUGUUUUCUAGUAUAAAUAUCUAAA